AGAGUUCCAUAAAUUUUCUUGGUUUAUCUUCCAGUUUUCCUCAGAAAAAUCGCCAGACAUUCGCUAAUUAAACAAAAUUUCGAAUAUUUAUAACUUCAUAUCUAAACAAAUAAACUCUAAACUCGUUUAUCCAUACAUUUAGUCUUAUUUCGGUGGCUAAAACAAAAUUAAAUAGAGCGCUAAUUUGUGAUGGACGAAAACGAUGUCUCACUUUAUGAUUUGCUAGAAGUUGGCAAAAAUGCAACAGAUGCUGAAAUAAAAAAGAAUUACAGAAGAUUGGCUAAAGAAUUUCAUCCGGAUAAGAAUCCAGAGGCAGGUGAUAAAUUUAAGGAAAUUUCAUUUGCGUAUGAAGUCCUAUCUGACCCCGAGAAACGUCAAAUCUACGAUAGAUAUGGCAUCAAGGGAUUGCAGGAGGGUGCCAGCAGCAGUGGCAUGGACACUGAGAGUCUCUUCGCCAGAUUUUUCUCGUUCGGCAGCACCAAUGACCUGCAGAUAGCACUUCCAGUCACCCUAGAAGAGCUGUAUAAUGGAAAUCCGUCGAAGACACUUGAAUAUACCCGCAUGGAAGUUUGCACUGACUGCUCGGGCACUGGGGGUGAUACCAGCAAAGAAAAACCCUGCGCUGAUUGUGGAGGCCUCGGCUACCGCACAACUAUGGGCAUCAUAGUAUCAGGGCGCUGUGAUGUAUGCCAUGGACGUGGCAAGUUUCUUGAAGAGGAAUUUCAAUGCAAAGAGUGCUCGGGCAAGGGUCUUAUCGAAAAGGAUACCAGCAUCGAGGUUGCCAUCGAGAAGGGCAUGCAGCAUGCCGAGAAGAUCCCCUUCCGUUCUGAAGGCCAUCAGAGCUUGAAGGGCGACCGAGGGCACCUCAUCGUCAUUCUACAACAAGAACAACAUGAAAUAUUCCAGCGCAAGCUCAACGACUUACUUAUGCCCAAUGUGCAGAUCUCUCUAGUUCAAGCACUUUGCGGCCUCGAGUAUUCAUUCACCCACAUGGACGGCCGAGAGUUGGUAUUCCGCACCGAGCCUGGCCAAGUAAUCAAACCCAGUUCCAUGAAGUUGAUCAAGGGCGAAGGAAUGCCCAAAAAGAACAAUCCAUUCGAACGGGGAGAUCUUAUGAUAUCCUUCCUCGUGGAAAUGCCCCCAGACUAUUUUGCAGACGAGGAGGUGAUGAAGAAGAUCGAGGAACUCCUUCCACCUCGGAUACCAUUUGUAAUGCCCGAGGGCGAAUAUGUGCAGGAGGUAUUCCUCGAGGAGGUUCAGUCCAGCGAUGAGUACGAUGCAACCGAUGAUGAAGCGGCAGCGGCGCAGUGCGCCUUCUCGUAAUUCUGUUUAUUUCUCUCGUAUCUGUGGUAUUUAAGAAAAACGAAUUCGUCGUCAUUAUUCAAAUCAAAUAUUUAAAAACACAUCUCAACACACAAACACACACACGCUCUCAUUCAUAACUAUUCAUUCAAAUUCAAAGUCAUUGCGUUUUUCUAUUAAAUUUUAAUUUACAUGCAUAAUUUUUGUUUAAGUAUUUCGUUUUCUUUUAGUUUUUUAAUUUUUAACGCUGUUGUUAUGAAGAAUUUAUAUUUAAUGCAAAUUAACAUUAAAAUUUAAAUUAAAUGCAUACAUAAGUUGAAGUAUGUAUGUUCAUGUAUUUAUGCAAAAAUAAAACUGCAUAGGUAGGAUUUAUUAAGAAACAGGAUUUUGUUGUUGUAAAUAACAAAAAUUCAAACAAAUUGAUAAUGUUCCUUUUUCACAGAAGUAUUUCUUUUUUUAUUGUUUUUGUUUAUUUUUCUUUUAUUUUGUUCAUCACAAAUUUGUUAGACAAAUAAUAAUUCAGACUAAAUAGUUUACUCAAUAAUAAAAAAAAGCAUCUUAACAUAUAAA